GGGAGGAGGGGGCGGGGCGGGCGCGCGGCCGUUAGCGCGCGGCCGUUAGCGGUCCCUUUCUACCAACGGUAGGCGUCGCCGCGGUUCCCGAGGGUCACAGUCCGCGUGACCCGCCCCCGUUUGCAAGCUCACUGUCUUCGCCGGCGCAGUCACCGCGCAGGGCGGCCGCCCGGAGGUAGCUACCACGGCCUGUGUCAACGACUAAAGCUCCGGUACAGCGGCGCCCUCAGAGACAGCUGGGAGGGUGGCUCUGGCCGGGAGCGGCGGCCGGUGAGCUACCGCGAGGAGGAGCGGCGGAGGCGACCUCGGCCCGACCCUGCACUGGCCGUCCGGCAGGCGCGACAUGAGCCUGGUCUGGCAUUCGCGGGAUGCUCCUUGAGCCCCUUCUCCGGCUGUGAACCUCGGGAACGGUUGUGAUCACACCGACACGUAUUUUACGAAUAAAUCAUUCUUGCCGCGGCGAGUCGAACACGUUUAUUUAUUUUUUAUUUUCUCAACAAGCAUUUACCCAGCACCUGUCCAGUGAAACAACUUGAUAAGCGUUUCGAGGAGCGUCCGCCGGUUUAGGAGGCCACUGCCUGGCAGCUCGUGGAAGCCGUAUUUGCAACGCCCCCCUUCCGAUGUUUUGGAGAUCGUAAUGUCUUGUAACUAGCAGUGUGUGCACAGAAUCCUACUCAAGGAACGUCUUGGCCCAGCGAUGCAAAGAACUGAAGUUUCAAGCUGGAAGAGCCUGUGUUGUCCUCAAAAUAAUACAGAAGAAUUCAAGAUAGGAGAAAGAGACAGCAGCGAAUGAAGACUCUAAAAGAAAAGAAGGAACGCCAAAGAUUGAGGAAAUCUGCCAAGACUAGGAGGGUAACCCAGAGGAAACCGUCUUCAGGGCCUGUUUGCUGGCUAUGCCUUCAAGAACCUGGGGAUCCCGAAAAAUUAGGGGAAUUUCUUCAGAAAGACAAUAUCAGCGUGCAUUAUUUCUGUCUUAUCUUAUCUAGUAAGCUGCCUCAGAGGGGCCAGUCCAACAGAGGUUUCCAUGGAUUCCUGCCUGAAGACAUCAAAAAGGAGGCAGCUCGGGCUUCUAGGAAGAUCUGCUUUGUGUGCAAGAAAAAGGGAGCUGCUAUCAACUGCCAGAAGGAUCAGUGCAUCAGAAACUUCCAUCUGCCUUGUGGCCAAGAAAGGGGUUGCCUUUCACAAUUUUUUGGAGAGUACAAAUCAUUUUGUGACAAACAUCGCCCAGCACAGAACAUCCAACAUGGGAAUGUAGGGGAGGAAAGCUGCAUCUUGUGUUGUGAAGACUUAUCCCAACAGAGUGUUGAGAACAUCCAGAGCCCGUGUUGUAGUCAAGCCAUCUACCACCGCAAGUGCAUACAGAAAUAUGCCCACACAUCAGCAAAGCAUUUCUUCAAAUGUCCACAGUGUAACAAUCGAAAAGAAUUUCCUCAAGAAAUGUUGAGAAUGGGAAUUCAUAUUCCAGACAGAGAUGCUGCCUGGGAACUCGAGCCAGGGGCUUUCUCAGACUUAUAUCAGCGCUAUCAGCACUGUGAUGCUCCCAUCUGUCUGUAUGAACAAGGCAGAGACAGCUUUGAGGAUGAAGGGAGGUGGUGCCUCAUUCUGUGUGCUACAUGCGGAUCCCAUGGAACCCACAGGGACUGCUCCUCUCUUAGAUCCAACAGUAAGAAAUGGGAGUGUGAGGAGUGUUCACCUGCUGCAGCCACAGACUACAUACCUGAAAACUCAGGGGACAUCCCUUGCUGCAGCAGCACCUUCCACUCUGAGGAGCAUUUCUGCAGAGACAACACCCUGGAAGAGAAUCCGGGCCUUUCUUGGACGGAUUGGCCAGAACCUUCCUUAUUAGAAAAGCCGGAGUCCUCUCGUGGCAGGAGCAGCCACUCCUGGAGGUCCAAGGGUGUCAGAAUCACUAACAGCUGCAAAAAAUCCAAGUAACACCUUCUGAGUAGCUGCUAUCCCGCACAAUAGGGUAUGAAGCUGUGCUCCUCCAUUGGGUUUGGGGAGGGAACACUCUGGGACUGUGAGACAAGGAAGCAGGACCAGCAGUGAGUUUAUGAGCCAAGCAAAGAGAAGUCUCAGGGGAGCAUGAGGAGGGAGCAGCCCAGAUGCCAACAAGGAAAUGCGUUUAUGGCUACAAGAGUGCCUCUGCUUUCUCCUCCUCUCUUCCCACCAAGAUUCUUCCACCUCAAUCUGGUUUUCACAUGCCUCUUCUUCACCCAUGUUUGUUGUUUUGCAAAUAAAGGUGUUCUCUCC